AUGCAAUCUUUACUAGAAUUCUCGGCCAUCAAGAGCUGCCCGGAACUAUCAGCUGACUAUAUCCUGCUCUCUGAUUCGCCGCCUUCGAGGCAAGGAUUCACCAAUCAUCUUCAGCUAACAUAUCCCGCCUACCAGCGGCUCAGCGAAUCAGAAUUCGACUCCAGCAGCAAUGGCGCCCAGGAGAUUACUAUAACAACACUUCCGGAUGACACCAUUGAAAUUUUAUCUUGUCAUGUAGACCGUGAGGAUGAUGAUGAUGACAGUAUGGGUGGCUCAUCAGCUGUUCCCGAUAAGUUAGCCAACGGCGAGUCGCCGAGAGAUGACCCUGCAGCUGUCCACCGGAAACGAGUGGUGCGAGCCGUUGGGGCUGUGACCUUUCUGCUCUUGCUGUUCAGCCUGAUUCUUAUCGGCAUCUCCCUCAACAUGAGCAAGGAGAUCGAUGAAUUAGAACGUACAUCCCCGGGGUCAGUUAAAAAUAGCCAGCCUGAAAGUGGUUUUUAUGAAAUAUCGAUUCAUCUGUCAGCCUGA